AUGGAGGACACUCCGCAGGACAUGCGAAACAGAGACCAAGCCGUGUCCUUCAUCGAGAAUAGAACCGUACUGGGCGACAUGAUCCAGCACGACUCUGGCCAGCAACUGUGGGUGAAAAUCGGAGAUGAUGGACCAAAAGAGAGAAAGAAGCAAAUCUGGGCAGAGGCAACGGCCGAGAUGGAAGCCCUGGCGGAAGCCAUCGAGAAAUAUCAAGUCAAAGUGCUGAAAAGCCCGAACAAGAGCGACGUCCGUAUGACGGAUUGGUCGGCUAUGAUGCGCCAAGUGCAAGCCGCUGCGAUACUCUACGAAAAGGAACCAAUGACAAGCGGCGUCAAAGGCAAGAUCAAGAAGGCCUUACACAGAAUCAGAGACGCCGGUCCCAAGAUGGGGCACUGGUGCAGUCUGCUUCCGACUGGAGACUACGGUGGCACGAUUGCUGGAGUAUUUUCGAUAUUAGCAACGGCGGCUAGCAAGUCAAGUGAAGUGCGAGAAUGCAUCUUCGAGGCCAUGCAGGAUGUCCCGGAGUACGUUCGGCAAACAGGAGCCUACCUUAAAAUCUAUGAGAUCAACAAAUCAGACCAAUUGGAAAUAAAGUCUGCUGAGCUUUGCAGAUCAAUUCUGGUUUUAUUCCGUCAGAUCAUGGUAUACUUCAAUCAAGGUUCAGCACGGAGGGCAUUCCAGUCCAUUGCACAGGGUGACUCGUACGAGGACAAGCUACAAAAGAGCAAGCGGGAUGUAGAACGUCUGGCUGAAAAUAUCCAAAAGGAAGCCCAGCUUCUUGAGCAUGAGCGAAUCAACGAAGUACUGGGAAAAACAAGGGAACUUGUCUCGAGAGCAAAGGCCGGAGAAGAAGAUACCGUGGCCCUAAAGCAGAUGUUCAGUGAAGGAAUCAUGAAACUGAAUGACAUGGGAAAGGGGUUUCAGGCACUUUUGGAGAGCAGCUCGCUCUUCAAUCCACGACUUGGACAAGCACGGGUGCAGGAAAUCGAGAGUGGAGCAGCCAGCUUUCACACACUCGAGGGUUCCUACGCUUCAAAGAAGCAGCCAACCCAGGCCGGUAUGAGUCGUAAGGAAGUACUAAAAAUUCUCGAUUUUGAUCGAGGGACAAUUAAAGACGACCUGGAGAGCUGUCAAGAACUCCAGUCCACCCUUGAUCUUCGAGCUCAAGACGAGGCCUCAUGGGUCAUACAAUCCGACGAGCUUCGACUAUGGCUGACUCUACCAGAAUCGCGAGAUCUAUUGAUCAACGGCCACCGCUCCGAUGCAUUAGAGCAACUUUCUCCCCUGUCCCUGAUUUGCGCCGAGCUCGUCUCGCUCUUCGGAAUCGCCAAAGAUGCCAUCGUUGCCAGCUAUUUCUGCGGCCUCCAUUCCGACUACGACCAAGAUGAGAAAGCCAGCUUCCCAGAGAUAUUAGCAAGUUUGAUCGGGCAGAUCGUCCACCAGUCAAAACGCAAGAAGUUUGACCUCGACUAUUCCUGCGUGGAGAUGAACCGCAAAAAGCUCGAUCAGCUAGACUUCCGAGCUUUGAGCAACGUCUUUGGAACGAUUGUGCGGCAGCUGCCGAAGGACAAAAUAUUCUACUGCGUCAUCGACGGAAUCUCGCUCUACGAAGCUAUGGACGGUUCAGGUGACUCCAGCGAUACGAUUUACUUCCUGAGGAAAUUAUACAAGCUCCUAAAGCCAGCUGUCGAGAGGAAUUCCGCCACCAUGAAGCUACUGCUGACAUGUCCUGGAGAGAGCAUGAACAUCGGAGACCCUCAGUUUGGCUUCUCUAUCCAGGCUGAGGAUAUACUGGAUGUUGAUUGCGUUGACGGAGACAGGCAGGGCGUUCUGGAAAUGGAAGAGCUCAGAAGAAGCGUUCGUUCCGUUUGA